AUGUCCUCCCCAUCACCGGCACCAUCACGGUCUUACACCGACGCAAUCAACCUCCUAAACACCCUCAUCCCAAACCUCAAAGUCCACGCCCUCUUCAACAAACCCAAAGAUGCCGCUCCCACCACCGCAGCACCAGCAACAGACCCAAACCUCCUCGCCAUACCCGAAAUGCGCGCCUGGCUCCUCCGCGCAAACUUAACCCCCGAACGCCUCUCCUCCCUCUCGUUCAUCCACAUCGCAGGCACAAAAGGGAAAGGCUCCGUAACAGCCCUCACGACCUCGGCCCUCCUCAACCGCUCAUCCUCAUCCCCUCCCACGACGCAAAUAGGUCCCAUAGGAACCUACACCUCCCCCCACCUCCUCUCCCCCCGCGAACGCAUCGCGAUCUCCAACACCCCCAUCUCCCAAACCCUCUUCACAACAUCCUUCUUCGAACUCUGGGACACCCUCUCCUCCUGCGCCUCUUCGGCCCCCGGCGGCAGCGCCAGCGAUGGCCCAGACCUCGGCAUCGAACCAGGCUCCAAACCCUUCUACUUCCGCUUCCUCACCCUCCUCGCCCUCCACAUCUUCCUCAAACUCCGCGUCCGCACCGUGGUGUUGGAAUGCGGCAUCGGCGGCGAAUACGACGCCACAAACGCCAUCCCCGCCGAGGCAGUAACGACGUCAGUCAUCACGCAGCUGGGCAUAGAUCACGUCGCCAUGUUAGGCUCCACUGCCUCGCAAAUAGCAUGGCAUAAAGCAGGCGUGAUGAAACCCGGCGUCGCAACCUUCACCCGCAAACUAUCUGAUGAGGUACACCAGGGCGUAAUGUCCACCCUCCGCUCCCGCGCGCAAGAGAUAGGCGCGGAGCUGAUCGAGGUGGAAGACGAGGACGUCGUCGCGUGGAGCGGUGUACCGGGCGCCAAAUUACCCGGCGGAGACUUGCAGAAGAGGAACCAGGCUCUCGCUGCGCUUGCUGCGAGGCGCCAUGUCCAGGUCCUUCAAGCCCGGGAAGCGGGGUCAAAGACCGUGGGGGAGGUGGAUGCUUCGCUGGCUGAUGUACCUGAAGUCAUCAUCGCCGGUCUCCGCGAGGCGACGCUCCGCGGCCGGCAUGAAGUUCUCAGACAGGGUAGCGUAUCGUGGUACCUCGACGGCGCGCAUAACGCGGAUAGUCUGGCGGAAGUGGCGCGCUGGAUUUCGCCCAUCAUCACCACCACAACCUCCUUAGACACCGCGAACAAUAACGAAAGCUUCAUCCUCGUCUUCAACCAACAAGAACGCGACGCCCCCGCUCUGUUGAUUAAUCUACUGCGGCAGAUGAAAGCGUUGGGCGUAGACCUCGAGACGAGGCUGGCCGCCGCCGUCUUCACCAGGAACGAUAAGACCAAUAUCGCCGGCGAGGGCGGGGACGUGGAUCUGAUUGUGCAGGAGGCGUGUGCCGCAGCAUGUAGGGAGAUGUGUCCUGCUACAAAGGCCGUGGUGUGCAAGGACCUGACGGAGAUGAAGAGCUCCGUUGAUGGCGUCGCGAGGCUGUCGUCGUCGGGGACGAAGGUGCUGGUCACGGGGAGCAUGUAUCUUGUUGGAAACGUCAUCGGCUUGUUGGAGCCGGAAGGUGUAUUGUGA